AUGGACGAUUUAAACGAAUACAGCCAAGAAGCUCAAGAAGACAUAACGCCUCUAAUAACAUUUAAUUCUCGACGGGAGACUCGGCAAUUACGUUUUUCAGACGAAACUCAACAAGAACAAGAGAAAUCCCCAUCAUCUCUUGAAACUCCUUCACGAGCUACUCGUUUUCUAUCAAUUUAUGAUGCGGCUAUUCAAUUUCCAACUAUAAAUCUUCGUAAAUUACGAAAAUUACAUAGUCAGGCGAAAGCUGAAGACAAUAUAUCAAUCACAGAAGAAAUAACUGAUGAACUACUUGAUACAAUACCAUUCAAAAUUGAAAUAAUUCCUGAACGACAAGAUGACUUCACUGACGAUAAAAAUCAAUUGGGAAAGAAACGAGAACGACACAAUAGAGAAACUAUGGACGCGUCAAAAGUCAUACCUAACGGUCUGACUGAUGAACGUCGUUUAGAAAUUAUUGAAGAAAUUCUGAAAGAUUUAAGUCAAAAAGAUACAUUCGAUGAAAUUCGUCGAGCGCAUGCCGUUCCAUUUGAAUUGCCAAAAAAUAAUCAAAUACAAAGAAACGUAGCUGAAACUAUCCGAGAUUUAACUGGAAGUGAUAUAGUCAUGCUUAAUGAUCAUAUUUAUAUGAACAAGUUGCGUAGAUUUAUUCAAGAAAAAUAUGAAAAAGAACUGGAAAAAAACUAUAAACGACUUGAAUUACAAGAAAAACGUCGAUAA